CCUGAGACUCACCUGUGGAAGUGUCUGAAGAUGCUCAGGGACAUAAAGAUCGAGGACCGUGUGCAGACUGAUGUCAGCUCUGUGGACCGUGUGAUCGGUGUGGACUCUCCUCCUCCUCGCGCCGUCUGUGAGGGCUGCACGCGGAUCAUCUCGGACCGAUUCUUGCUGCGGGUCAACGAGUCGUCCUGGCACGAGGAGUGUCUGCAGUGUGCCGCGUGCCAGCGGCCGCUCACCGCCACCUGCUACACGCGAGACACCAAACUCUACUGCAAGACAGACUACCAGCAGUUGUUUGCGUCUAAGUGCAGCGGCUGCGCGGGGAAGAUAGCACCCACUGAGCUGGUGAUGCGAGUUCAGGAGAGUGUUUACCACCUGCUCUGCUUCUGCUGCUGCAUCUGUGAGCGACAGCUCUGCAAAGGAGACCAGUUUGUCCUGAAAGCCGGUCAGUUGCUCUGCAAGGACGACUAUGAGAGGGAGCGGGAGCUGCUCAGUUCAGACAACCUGAACUCAGAUAACAGUGAUGAUGAGGACAUGAACGUGGCCUCAGAGAAGUGUCCCGCAGCAGGGAACGGUGGCAGCGACGGCAAAGACCCGUGUCGUUCCAAACGGCCACGCACCAUCCUCUCCACGCAGCAGAGGAGAGCCUUCAAGGCCUCCUUUGAGGUUUCCUCCAAACCCUGCAGAAAGGUGAGGGAGACUCUGGCUGCAGAGACAGGACUCAGUGUUCGUGUGGUCCAGGUCUGGUUCCAGAAUCAGAGAGCAAAGAUGAAGAAGUUAGCCCGCAGACAGCAGCAACAGCAGGAGCAACACAGCGGCCAAAGACUAGGCCAAGAGGAAACAUCAGGCUGUAUGAAAGGCCUGCUCCACUCCUACUCAGGACCUCUGCCUCCAAACCAGCAGCAGCACCUGGUAACCAUGGAGACCAUGGAGCACAACUGUUACAACACUGAUGCGUUCCAGCAGGGCCUCACCCCGCCACAGAUGCCUGGUGACCACAUGAACCCCUAUGGUACUGAUUCCUUUAUCUACGACAUUGACAGUGAAGCGUCUCUGACCAGUCUAAGUGACUGUUUCCUGACCACUACAGAUGUGGGACCCUUCCAGGCUCGCACAGGAAACCCUAUCGACCGCCUGCACUCAAUGCAGAGCUCUUACUUUGCCUCCUGAGACGCUGGCAGUGUUGUCUGUCUCACCUCAGCCACGACACCAGCGUCCAGGACACAGCAGUGCACUCACACACUGUACACUGUGGAGUACACUGGAGUGACUUCCAACAGCCAGUGGCUGGAAAAUGGCCCCAAUGUUGUUAUGACGUGACUGUGCUGGAGAGACAUCGUUCAUCUCAGAGUGUCUGGGAUGAAAAGUGCUUUAGGAAGUAAGACUCGAAAUCAGCCUUUCUCAAAGUGUGGUCCGCGGACCACUGGUGGUCGGUGAGCCACCCCUAGUGGUCCGCGCGGUGACAAGCAAGUAACAUCAAGUUUUACAAUUUAAAAUGUCAGUGUUUUAAUUUCAGUGUUUCUCAAUGUGUUGUUUUCAAUAUCAAAUCUAAAACUAACCAAUCAAAACUAGUGGCCUCUGUUAAAUCCAAAAAAUAUUAAUUUUGUGGCAUUGUCUGACUUGAGCAGUGCAGCGAACCGGUUUGUGACACCACUGAUUUUGAGUUAGGUGGUCCGUGAGUGUGUUUUUAUGGGUUAAGUGGUCGUUGGCCUUGGUUUGAGAAACACUGCUCUAAAUCAAUCAGUCAUAGAAAGACAUUUGUAGAUGAUCAUUUUUACACUGUUUAAAGACAUUUUUCUAAAGUGAUAGGUCAGGAUUUUUAAGUUUGGUUGUAUGACGUUCUGACAUUUAGCAGCAAGGACUUUGAGAAGCGCUUAUUCGACCGCCAUGUUUUUUAAUGUGAGAACGAGGGCGCGCGUCUGUUAGUCAGCGACGCUGGUGGAAGUCUAAUUAUCAGCACCUCGUACAACAACACUUAAAAAACAACCUCAAGCUUUUCUUAUUUGUAAGCCAACGGUGGCCGUGAAGUGCAAAUCACAACGACAUUACGAGAAAUCACGACGACAUUAAGAGGAAUCACAACGAUAUUACGAGAAAUCACAACAACAUUAAGAAAAAUCACAACAACAUUAAGAGAAAUCAC